GCGCGCCUUUCGAGUCCGCCACUACUAGGCUGGCACUAGAAGGAGAAGAAAAGCGUACAUAAUACGCGAUACAGAUUACCCUAUCAUAUAAGCCAUUUGGAUGCAUGACAGUGAUUGGCUAAAUCGAUGAGAUUUAUUGUACGGAGAGGAUUCAAUGUUGGAGUAGGGUUCACGAUAGUCCCUGUUUCCUCUGACUCUUGCCAAAGAAGAUUGCGCACCCGCGUAAUUUUUGAAUUGUAUACAGUACAGAGAAGAAGACAGAGUUAUAAAAAAAAAAAAUUAUCUAAUAAAAGAAGAGAAGUAGUGGGUGUGAUUGUGUGUCUGGUCUGGCGCUUGCUGGGUGGUGGUGGUGGUGGUGGUGAUUGAUGAAGAGGAAAACCCAAAAGGCAAGCAAUAGGAAGAGGAGAGAGAGCAGUAAAAUGAAGGGCACUUUAGCAAGGCACUUGCAGGUUCAGAUGGGACAAAUCUCUGUGAUUCCUCUCCAGUACCAGCAAUCGUCUUCUUCCACCGCAGCCGUGUCUAAUUCUUCUUCUCGCUUCCAGAACCUUCUAGAUUCUGAAGGGUCCGACCCACAGUUCCAUUCUUCAACGGAAAACCCCAGCAUUGGCGACGUCGAUGUUGAUGAGAAAGAUUUCAUUCUCAGUCAGGACUUCUUCUGCACUCCAGAUUAUAUAACACCAGUGGAUCAAAAUUUACUGAACAGCUUUGGUCACAACAAGGAAAACAUGUUAUGCCCUGAAUCACCAGAGAAGCUAAACACUAUUAAAACCAAAAAACGUAGACAGGAUGUUAUCUUAGCCAAUCCUCUCAGCCCUACCUUGUCUGACCAGCAACAAAAUUUGGAGAUCGCCAAUGAUACUUUUGGUACAGAUGAAGUGAAGAUUGAGAUAACACCAGUAACUGGAACUCAAAGAUGCCAAAAUUAUGUGUCACAAUCUGCUGUUGCCUUGCGCUGUCGGGUUAUGCCCCCUCCUUGCAUAAAGAACCCAUAUCUAAUGGAUUCCUUGGAAGUGGAUGUAGAUCCAUAUGGCAAUCAAAGAUCAAAAUAUAUGUUUAAUUAAUCAAUGCUUCAAUCUACAGGUUUUUUCUCCGCAAUUGUUGGUGGGGAUGGCCUUUCUCGCUAUCACACAGAUUUUCAUGAGAUGCAGCAAAUUGGCACUGGAAAUUUCAGCCGUGUUUUCAAAGUAUUGAAGAGAAUUGAUGGUUGCUUGUAUGCUGUGAAACAUAGCACAAGGCAGUUACAUCAAGAUGCAGAGAAGAGGAAAGCUUUGAUGGAGGUUCAGGCUCUAGCAGCUUUAGGAUGUCAUGAAAACAUUGUUGGAUAUUACUCCUCUUGGUUUGAUAACGAGCAACUCUACAUUCAAAUGGAACUCUGUGAUUGCAGCUUAUCCAUCAAUAAAUCUUCCCAAUCAUUCACAGAGGACAAAGUGUUGGAAGUCUUACAUCAGAUUGCAAAGGCAUUGCUUUUUAUCCAUGGACGUGGAAUUGCUCACUUGGAUGUAAAGCCUGAUAAUAUUUAUGUGAAGAAUGGAGUUUAUAAACUUGGUGAUUUUGGAUGUGCAACUCUCCUUAAUCAGAGCUUGCCAAUUGAAGAGGGUGAUGCUCGUUAUAUGCCUCAAGAAAUCUUGAAUGAGAAUUACAAUCAUCUUGACAAAGUUGAUAUCUUUUCCUUGGGAGCUGCUACCUAUGAGCUUAUUAGAGGCUCACCUUUGCCCAAAUCAGGAUCUCAAUUUUUCAGCCUUAGGGAGGGAAAACUGCCACUUCUUCCUGGCCAUUCAUUGCAUUUUCAGAACUUACUCAAGGUAAUGCUAGAUCCAGAUCCAGUUCAGCGGCCUUCCGCUAAAGAAUUACUAGAAAAUCCAAUAUUUGACAAGCUUCAAAGAAAUCUCAGAAUCUAGUGAAAUCUUUGUUGGGUUUGUGGGACAAGAAUUUUUUUAUGUGACCACUAAUGAUCAGCUGCCCUAGCUAGGAGGCCCUGGCAACAUACUGAAUGGCCUUUUUUUGUAACAACAGUUCCUUCUUCAGUACAUACACCAAUUUUCCCCCCAGCAAGGUGCAGGUGUUGUAAAUUUAAGAGGAAGGCUGUCGUCCUCAAUAAAAUCUGUAUUAUGGACUGGAGGAAUGCAAUUUAAUGAAAAUGCCCUCCUUUUCUUA